AUGAUUAGUCGACUGUUUACUCAAGUGGUUGGCAGAUCAUCACACAAGAUAUGUCGCCUUAGGCGACAUAUCCAACAGUCAAGUACGCUACGAAACGAUCCAGAUGUUACAGAAUUACCACGUGUAAAUCAAGUGGGCAUCCAGUAUCUAUCCCAUCAAUUACAUAAAAAGGUUUUCCCCACAACAGAACUCGAUGAUUACCUUAACCCAGAGCACCCAGAGCUACUAGAAGCAGCAAAGAAACAUUUGCAAGCUAAUGAUUUGCUCGGUAAAAAGACUCAAAUCACCAACCCCAUAACAAUCAAUCAUUUCCCUGACUUAGUUGGCAAAAGUCUCGAUGAACACUUUUACAAGCUUGGACAAAAAUCAGCAGAGCCAUAUUUAUCAAUGGCACAAAAAUUCCUUCUGCCAGAGUCAUCAAUUCCUCCUAUACCGUCUCAGGACGAAUGGCUCAUGCAGCCAGGGUGGACGAGAUACACCCAGGAUGGAACAUCCCCGGAGAAAGUGCCUUAUCCGCUAGAGGACGAACUUGUAUUCGAUGUGGAAGUUCUUUACAAGAUUAAAAAGUUUCCAAUUAUUGCCACAUGUGCUUCAUCCAAGGCAUGGUACGGAUGGGUUUCACCAGUACUACUUGAUGCCUCAGAUCGAUGGAAAAAGAAGAUUGACUACAACCAUUUAAUUCCAAUGAAUUGUGCCAAGCAACCUAAAUUGUUGAUUGGUUACAACGUUAGUUAUGAUCGUGCCAGAAUCCUUGAGGAGUAUAAUAUUAAAAAAUCCAAAGCAUUCUACCUCGAUGGAAUGGCCAUGCAUGUUGCUAUAAGUGGGAUUUGCUCUCGACAGCGACCCAUGUGGCAAAAAUUCAACAAAGCGAAAGCCAAGGCAGAACUUGCUCAAGAGCAAGAGGAUGAAGAAAACGAAUACUGCGAUCAGGAAGAAGAUGACGAAUACGAUCCAGCUGUAUCAAUACAAGAAGAUCCCUGGUUGUUGACGGGCUCCCCCAACUCAUUAGCAAACGUGGCAAAGUUUCAUUGUGGGAUAGAGAUGAAUAAGACCGCUCGUGAAUACUUUGCAUCAGAGGAUCCUCGAGAGAUUGUGAAGAACUUCAAUUUGUUAAUGAACUAUUGUGCACACGAUGUUGACGCUACAUACAAAGUGACAAAGAAGUUGUUUCCUGAAUUUUUUACAAAAGUUCCACAUCCAGUCUCGUUUGCUGCAUUGAACCAUUUAGGGUCGUUGAUUUUGCCAACAAGCACCAAGUGGAAGAGCUAUAUUGAGUCAGCAGAAGCUUGCUAUGAUGCGAAUAGAGCUGAAGUAAAUGAUACAUUGAAAAAGUUGGCACUCAACUUGAUACAGCAUAUCGAAAAGAAAGAUUCCAAAUUGGCACCAAAGUACGAAAAAGACCCGUGGUUGAACCAACUAAACUGGAAGUUGAAAAAGGGGAGGUUCAAAAAGGAUGGAUCUCCAUACAAAAGAAAUGCUUAUUUAACGGGAUAUCCCGAGUGGUAUAGAGAUUUAUGGGGUUCAGUAGCGCCCGCAGGCAGUCAAAUGAAUCUCACUUUGAAAACGAGGAUAACACCCCUUUUGCUCAAGUUGAAAUGGGAAAACUUUCCCCUCUUUUGGACAGAUACUGAAGGAUGGUGUUUCAAAGUGCCAUUUGAUGAGGAUCACUUAGCAUACUUAUUUUCCAAAAACUAUGUACGUGCGACAUUGACACCAGAAGAGAUUGAUGCCACGCAUGACAAAUUGCACGAGGACGGCAAAUCGUAUGUUUUGUUCAAAGUGCCUCACCCAGACGGUCCAAACAAGCGAUGCACUUCAGUCCUUUCAAAAAAUUACAUGAGGUAUUUUGAUGAUGGAACAUUAACCUCCGAGUACGACUAUGCGAAAAAGAUUUUAAAACUUAAUCACGAAGCUUCGUAUUGGACGGGUAAUCGAAAUCGUAUAAUGGAUCAAUUUGUCGUUUACAAUAAGGAGGGGAAGAAUAAGUUCUUUGACACAAAGAAAGAGUGUCAGGAGCAUAAAGAUAUGGGUAUCAUCAUUCCAAACUUGGCGUCAAUGGGCACAAUCACAAGAAGAGCCACUGAAAACACCUGGCUCACAGCAUCCAAUGCAAAAAAGAAUCGUAUUGGAUCUGAAUUGAAAUCUUUGAUUGAAGCACCAAAAGGAUACUGCUUUAUUGGAGCCGAUGUUGAUUCAGAGGAAUUGUGGAUUGCAUCAUUAGUUGGUGACUCUAUGUUUGGUAUACAUGGUGGAUCUGCAUUAGGUUGGAUGACGUUGGAAGGAGAGAAACUGCAAGGUACAGAUUUGCACUCGAAAACUGCUAGCAUUUUAGACAUUUCGCGUAAUGAUGCAAAAGUGUUCAACUAUGGUCGGAUAUAUGGCGCAGGAAUUACGUUUGCCACGCGAUUGUUGAAACAGUUUAAUAGCGACCUCUCCGACAUCGAAGCAGAAGAAAUUGCCCAAAAGUUGUAUGCCAGUACAAAAGGAAUGACACAAUCGCCACGAUCUUUGGGUCUGAAAAAAGUGUAUUAUGGUGGCAGUGAAUCCGUAAUGUUUAAUGCGUUGGAAUCUAUUGCACAACAGCCAGAACCUAAAACGCCAGUACUAGGUGCUUCAAUCACAGACGCUUUGAAUUCCAAGAAUUUGAAAAAGAACACGUACAUGACAUCAAGAGUAAACUGGACUAUCCAGAGCUCUGGUGUUGACUACUUGCACUUGUUGAUUGUAUCGAUGGAGUAUUUGAUUGAAAAAUAUGGCAUUGACGCUAGAUUGGCAAUUACAGUGCAUGAUGAGUUGCGAUACCUUGUCAAGGAAAAGGACAAGUACUUGGCUGCUUUACUUUUACAAAUUAGUAAUGUAUGGACCAGAGCUAUGUUUUGUGAACAAUUGGGUAUUAAAGAAGUUCCUCAAUCGUGUGCAUUCUUUUCUGAAAUUGAUAUUGACCAUGUAUUGAGAAAAGAAGUGAGUAUGGAUUGUGUUACUCCAUCUCAUCCUGACCCAAUUGCACCAGGAGAAUCAUUAAAUAUAAAGCAAUUAUUGGACAGGACCAACAAUGGGGAAAUAUUGAACUGCAACCCUAAACCAAUGACAUUAAGGACAACCAAAUAUGAGCCACGAGUACCCGUCAUUCAAACAUUACGAAGCGGCUGGACGGAACAAGCUAGUAUUCAACUAGUCAAAUUGCAAACAUCAACCAAUAAGGAAGAAUGGAUUCAGAAUUUACGGCAAUUGAAUAGAAUCAUCCGGACUUAUGUUACUGAUGAACAAAAGGAGAUUUUGGUCAAAUUUCACGAUGAUCGUGUUAAUGACAAGGCACGCCAUGUGGUCUAUAGACGCGAUCGCAAAAGGAAAACACAAACUAAAGAUGCAGGUAAAGUGGCACCGGACUUUGACUUGGAAGUUGAGCCGAAAAGGGGUAAGGAUACCAAGGGCAAGGACACCAAGGGCAAGGGCUCCAGGGGAAAGAGAGUUGCAAAGGCAACAGACGAUGCGAGCACAAAGAAAGUGAGUAUGGGCCAAAGCGAAACCGAGUAUGCUUCACGUGAGGGUGACGAAAAAACUGUCCAACCUCGUUUCUAUGGACUGAAUUCCUUAACCAUCCCAAGCUCAACAUCUGAGUCGUCAGGGGAUGAAACGAAAAAUGAAUCAAUGAAUGUCAAUGCAGCAAUGUCAUCAGCAGUGCAUCCUCAGACACAUGCUUCUCUCACUAACGCCAAUUCAUCCCCGUUGUGUGGACCACCAUCCGCACGCCCUCAUUAUUCGAACCCUUCGACUAGACCUCAUGCAUCAAAAUUGGGAUUUGCAAACAAGAUGGGGUAUCACACUUCCACUGGGGCUAUGAAUCAUACUUUAUUGCAGGGAAGUGAGAAUGUAGCUGGUUUCUCGAGUCGUGAACCUUUAAAAUCUAAUCAAUUAAUGGUUGGUUGUGAUGAUUUCGUUUGCUGUGGUGAUCUAUUCGAGACAAGAUACCGGCUGCGUCGACGACGAAUAAGCAUCCGCGGUGGCACAUGUCUAGUGGAGGAGCUAGCGGGAGAAUUCCCUAAAAUUGGAUGGAGAAGAAAACGACGACGAGGAAGGAAAAAAGAUCGUUUGUGUUAUUUCUCAGGAUAG